AUGAGCUCGAUGGAUUCUAGCGACUCUUGCUCCUCCGGCUCUGAGCUCGAGGAGACCUGGGAAGGCGAGGGCGUUGCGCGGAGCCUUUUCGACGACUUCUCCUCGCCAUUCGCCGCCCAGGUGUACCGCCACAUGGCUACAAAGUUCGGUUUCGACCACAGGAUUCUGGGCAAGGGUGCCCUCCACCGUGUAGCUCUCGUUACCUACCUGCAACGUGAGAAGGCUAAAGGGGCCGACGUGCUUGGGUGCUACCAGCGCAUACGGUCCGACCCUUCGAUCGUGCUGAACCGUCUGGAGGAGUUCAUCAGGCCACCGUUUGACAACGAGAAGUUGCUCUGGGACUUCAUGGAAUCCAGCGAUGAAGAGGGCGAUGAGGGUCUGCUGUCCAAGCACCUCAGCCAGGAGGUCACUAAGACCGAACAAGCUAUCAAAAAGCGUUCUACAGAAGAUGAGGAGUACUUCAAGUGCUAUAAGGGCCUAGGAAUCCACAGGGAGAUGGUGCAAGACAAGGUCCGCACUGGGGCGUACGAGGCGUUCAUUCGGCUCAACAAGUCGCUAUUCAAGGAUAAAGUGGUGCUUGAUGUCGGUUGCGGCUCAGGCAUACUCUCACUCCUCGCCGCGAAGCAUGGCGCCAAGCUGGUUGUCGGGAUCGACAAUUGUGAGAACCUCGUUAACAUGUCAACGGAGCAUGCACGUGUGAACAACCUGGCCAACGUCCGCUUUUUGCAUGGCAAGGUUGAGGACUCCGAUCUGGCAUUCGUGGAUGGGACUCUGUGCUUCAAACUUGACGCCAACUCCAACGUGCCACACGAGCCGUUCAAAUGCGACAUUUUGAUAUCGGAGUGGAUGGGAUACGGGUUGCUCUAUGAGAACAUGUUGCCUUCGGUUUUGUUUGCGCGUGACAAGUACCUUAAGGAGGACGGCAUUAUGGCGCCUAGCAAGGUCAAAUUAGGGUUUUUUGCCAUUGAUAUGCACGACCAGCUGAAGGAAAAGAUGCGGGAGUGGGACGAACCCAAAUACGGCCUUGUAUUAAGCGGCUUGCGCUAUGAGGCCGCGGAACUGCUCAAGAUGCCAGCUGUGGAGGCAGCGGACCCGUCUUGUAUAGUCAGCGACGCAAGUGGCAUAUGCAUCAUGGAUCUAAAGCGUGUCAAGCCGUCUGAACUCUGUACUGCUCACGAGUUCGAGGUGAAAGUGCAUGAGGGGAAAACGUGCUCCUCCCUAGUCCUCUACUUUGACUGCAUUUUUGAGCCUCAUUAUACCGCUGAUGAGGGUAUUCCUGCUGUUCUAAACCUCAAGUCUAAGAUUUUCGGCGGGCUGGAUUCGUAUCGGGAGUCCCUCCCCGGCGCCGACAGGGCAAGGGCGUAUAGCGUGUCCCCGGACUACGCUGGUUCUGAGGAGGAAGGCGGUGUGGUUGUUAUUAUGUCCACUCGACCAGACCAGACAACUACGCAUUGGAAACAGGUGUUACUGCAUCUUGUGGAUCACAACGACUCCCCCGUAAGACUGACUGAUACCAUACAUGGUACGGUUUCACUGCUCAAGAACCCUUCUAACAGCCGUUGGCUCGACAUCCUGCUCCGACUGCGCGACUCGGCAGCGCUGGGCGAUUGCUACUACAAGCUCAUGUAA